UGAAAUGUAGUUACCUGGUAGACUUAACCGAGUGGUUGUGCUCUUUUUUUUUCUCAUAUCGUGACCCUUUCGGUCGCUUAGCAGCCGCAACCUACGUCGUUACAUGGCUUACCAUGGGGUAGCUAUGUUUAUGAAUUAGCUCCGAUAAUAGCCUGGUUGAGCCCGGAUUUAGAGGACCAACUGUUCCUCUUACAUCGACGUUUCCUGUCAGGCGGCGGGGGGCUUUCCUCAAGCGAAACUACAGCGCAGUGUUGGCUGUCAGCGUCAGAGAAAGUCCGUAAACGUAGCGCACUAUUAGCAACGCCAACGCUAACUUAGCUAGCAGCGAGAGGAGCAGCAGUUUUGUAGGCUAUGAGUGUGGGUGAUGGAGGACAAUCAAUGUGGGGACUUGGACUACCUGAUCCAAGAUGAGGACACCCUCAUUGAGGGUGUCAGCAACCAGGUCUUAUUUGUUGUGGUGCUCAGUAUCACCUUCCUCGCGGGCCUCCUAACUCUGCUCUGCAGACAAGAGGAGCAGAACAUUCAUCCUGAGAAUCAGGAACACGUUCGAGCCGUCCGACAGCAGCUGCAAACAGAGCAGGAUGAAACUUCUCAGGCGGAGGCCAGGCAGCAGUACUACACAGACAUGUCUUGUCCCGUGUGUUUACAGCAGGCUGUUCUGCCUGUGGAAACCAACUGUGGACACCUUUUCUGUGGCUCCUGCAUUAUAGCCUACUGGAGGUAUGGCACCUGGCUGGGUGCUAUUAACUGCCCCAUUUGCAGACAAAUGGUAACGUUGCUCUUCCCGCUAUUUCACGAGCACGCCGAACCUCAGAGGGUCCAGGAUGGGGAGGCAGAACCUCUGCUGAUAUUAAGAGACCUUAACGAUUACAACCGCAGGUUCUCAGGCCAGCCUCGAUCCCUUAUGGACCGGCUGCGAGAUGUGCCCACCCUGCUGCGUCAUGCCUUUCGGGAGAUGUUUUCCGUGGGUGGCCUCUUCUGGAUGUUCAGGAUCCGAAUCCUCCUCUGCCUCAUCGGCGCGCUCACCUACCUGGUGUCGCCGCUCGACAUCCUCCCAGAGGCCCUUUUCGGUCUCCUGGGAUUCAUGGACGAUUUCUUCGUCAUCCUGCUCCUCUUUGUGUACAUCUCCAUCAUGUACAGAGAGGUGGUCACGCAGAGACUGAACGGCUAAGUGCUUGAUCGCAGGAGAGGCCUUAGCUUGCUCGUAUCAGACUCAGAGGUGAAGUGGACCUGCAGAAGCUGAAGACAUGCCCUCGAUCAAUAUUUCUGGUUCUCUUGGAAGGGUUUACUAGGAAGCCUGGGAUGUUACUUAUUUACAGGAGAAGGGUUUAGAAAAGACUGAGCUCUGAAUGUUCGCUCUAUAUUGAAUACAUCAUUAAUGGCUCACAGGUCAAAGCAACAGUACAGCAUAAAGAUGGCAGUGAAGGAAUGUGAUGUAGUAAGUAUCUACUUUUGAACCAGACAGGGGCAAUCCUUUGAGUCCGUUCAGGCACUUGAGGGACGUCCCUCACUGAGUGAUGAACAUUACGACCAGCCACAAAUUCUAUCUGUGACAACCGAUGCCAAAACAGCCAUUUGGUUAAUGUGCAUAUCAUCGUAAUGCAGACAGUUGUGUAAUAUAACGUGAUCUUGAAUGUGCCGUAUUGAUGGCUGUGUCUUGAUAACGUGCAUUUAAAGUUGGCCGCCUGCAUCCGGAUCGUCGAUUGUCUGACAAAUUUGUGUUACUAUUUUACUGUGGCUAUCACAGCCUGCUUGUGAGUAACCAGUGACUAUGCAUAUUCAUAAUGACUUGAAAAAAACACAGCUUUCAAUGCUCCUGUCAAAUCCACUGAAUCGUUUUUACCUCUGGCAGUUCAAAUCUGAGGGACUCUGAACCUUUCUGCAUGUGUCCAAGGGAGCCGACAGUGCACAGGACAACCCAACUGUUGCAAUAUUAAUACGGAUUUUAAUUCAUGAGGUAAAAGAGGCAAUCCCUUGAUCAUAAACGGAAGCCAAAUGGAAGCAAUUGAACACUGUCUGAAGAUAUAAAUGCGAACAUAUCCUUUUAAAGUUUACUCUGCCCCUCUAAUGGUAAUUGUGAGGUUGGAUGUUUACUGUGAGCACAUUUUUAAGAAUGUAUUUAAAAAUUAAACUGGACAAAAACUUACCACACAGUAUUUGAUGACACGUCAUUUUUUUGGGAAACUUUUUUGCAAAAGGCUUAAGCUCAUUUGGAGAAGUUAUUGGAUCAGUCGCAGAGCUCCGCUGUGAACUCGUGCACAGUGAAGAUGCAGAUAUCCCUCAAAACCUGUUUGACUCGCGGCCCCUUAAAACAACCAACCUGUGUCAACCAGUCGAUCCACAGACAGAUACUCCAUUUGCCUCUAGUUAAUUUGUACAGACACCACGAGCUGCCAUGCCUACAUUUUUUUUGUUGAAUGCUGUUAAUAUGGCAAUCACAAGAUUAUUAUAUCAUUAUCUCAAGAGAGGGUGAUUUCUUACACAACAAUAUAAUUUAUCACAAGUGGACAACUUCAUAGGAUACAUAAGACUGGACCAUGACAUGCUCACCUCUCUGUGGGGAGGCUUUGGGAGUUUCAGUGUAAACAAUAUGAUGUUUUCCCAUUCAUUCUAAGUAUCGUUUUCCCACCCAAUUCCUUUUGAGGGUAUAUGUUUUAUGGCUAAUUUUUGUAAGGUUUACAUGCAAUGGUCAACUUUUAGCAGAUGUGCCUCUGUCCAAUUGAAGGAAUUCUCAUUGGAUUUGAGGAACUGGUAAACAAAACUUCUUCAAAUGGUAUUAUACAGAAUGCAUAUAAAAAAGUGAGACUUAAUUACAGUCUGAUGCACUGAUGAAAAGUCUGAACACUUAUGAUCUGACUUUUCUUUUGUUAAAUCAAUUGCUUUAGUUGUGAA